GUCACUUCCGGGGCGGAUCGGAAGUUGCUUUGUUUUGCUUCAAGAUGGCUGCGGGGAUGUAUUUGGAACAUUAUCUGGACAGUAUCGAAAACCUCCCCUUCGAAUUGCAGAGAAACUUUCAGCUCAUGAGGGACCUGGACCAAAGAACAGAGGAAGCACUAGAUACCAUCUGUGGCCUUCCUUGGAUGUUGAACAAAUCUGGCUGCACUGAGGCAUGCACUUGGAGCCUGAGGCUACACUACAGUGGUCAGAUUGGUCUCUUCAAGGGCAAAGAUGUCGUCUCUUGGAGCCAUGCCCCAUACCUGCUGAAGGAUAUGUAGGUCUUCCCUUCCAUCCUUAUGUAGCCAUGCUCAAGGAUGUGACAAGCUGGUGUUAGAAUACCUAAAGCUGUGAUUUCAGUUACUCUGGACCUGAAGGCUGAAAUUGACAAGUUGGCCACUGAGUAUAUGAGUAGCGCCCGCAGCCUGAGCUCCGAGGAAAAAUUGGCCCUUCUCAAACAGAUCCAGGAAGCCUAUGGCAAGUGCAAGGAAUUUGGUGACGACAAGGUGCAGCUUGCCAUGCAGACCUAUGAGAUGGUGGACAAACACAUCCGGCGACUGGACACAGACCUGGCCCGCUUCGAGGCUGAUUUGAAGGAGAAGCAGAUUGAGUCCAGUGACUAUGACAGCUCUUCCAGCAAAGGCAAAAAGAGCCGGACUCAGAAGGAGAAGAAAGCUGCCCGUGCUCGUUCCAAAGGGAAAAACUCAGAUGAAGAAGCUCCCAAAGCUGCCCAAAAGAAGUUGAAACUUGUGCGCACAAGUCCUGAGUAUGGGAUGCCCUCAGUGACCUUUGGCAGUGUCCACCCCUCUGAUGUGUUGGAUAUGCCUGUGGAUCCCAACGAACCCACCUAUUGCCUUUGUCACCAGGUCUCCUAUGGAGAGAUGAUUGGCUGUGACAACCCUGAUUGUUCCAUCGAGUGGUUCCACUUUGCCUGUGUGGGGCUGACGACCAAGCCUCGGGGGAAGUGGUUCUGCCCACGCUGCUCCCAGGAACGCAAGAAGAAAUAGAUAGGGGCCUUGGAUUCCCACGGUUUCUUCCACAUCCCUGGACCCGGGCUAGUGGGGAGAGGAAAGCCUGUGCUGGGGCCCGGGGCUCAGGGAGAGUGGAUGGCGCAGUGUAGUCAUCCCUUCUCCUCCCCUCUCCCCACUCCUGGUGCUGAGGCUGCAUCCAGACCCUGGUAGGGAGGGCUGCCGCAGCUGCUGACCGUCUGUGCUCUCAUUCAGCCUGCCCCCCUCAGAGGAAAGUGGCUUGCCCACUGUCCUUUUGCCUCCGUGCUGAGGUUGGUGCUGUAUUUCCAAGGGAUGGUCCUCUUCACUCCCCUUGCUUUGUAUUUAAGGACUGGGGCAGUAGCAUGGGGGCACUCCCCAGCCCUCCUGAGUCCCUCCCCCUGUGGGGGGGCUCUGGUGUGAUAAACUCUCUUUGUUCUCUUCCUGCUUUUUCCACGGGAGGGGCUCCCCCGGAGCAUCUGGGCCGUGGCCUUAGUUGAAGGGGCACCCCUUCCUCUGUGUCAAGAGAAUUCAUCCUGGCCUUGUGAGUGGGAGGGGGCAAGGUGGAAUGCACAUCACUCACGUGUAAAGGAGUUUGAGUAGGUGAAUAAAAGCUGUCCGUGUUGGCCUGCUGUGUUUAUUGUA